AUGGCUUCGAUUCAGCAACCGCCCAAUAACGUGGCUGCUGCUCAUCCAAAUAUGCCUGGCAAUCCUAACCUGCCAGGCGAACUUACGCCUCAGCGUUUGCAGGAGGUCUUCCAGAAAUUCAAAGAAAUGCAAAGGUCUGGCGUGCGCCAAGAUGACCCUGAAUACAUCAAGGUACAUAAUAUUCUCGCGGCCGUGCAAAAACAACAGGCGUACCAAAAGCAACGGCAGAUCCAACAACAACAGCUCCAGCAGCAACAGUUGCAACAACAACAGCUACAACAGCAGCAACAGCAGCAACAGCCCAAUGGGAGUAAUGUCGAUGUUGUCGCCAAUGGUGUUAAUGGUCGAUCUACCUCCAUAUCAUCAGCGUCAAACGGCCAAGUACAAAUUGCUGUCGCGAGUGGAAUUCAACAACAACCUGGCCAAGUUGCGCAAGCUGGUCCCACGAAGAAAGUGGCAACGCCGACGGGAAGCUUUUCAUUGGAACAGCUGACUAUCCUCCGAAAUCAGAUCUCAGCCUUCAAGUUACUUGCAAAGAACAGCCCGGUUCCCUUGCCACUUCAGAGGCAGCUUUUCGGCGCGACCAAACAACAAACAGCGUCUCCCGUUAAUAACGUGUCGGCCGCCGAAUCCGUCAUUGAAGCUGCCACAGAGACUCAGGGAGACAAGUCGACCGAGACUGAGAAGGAGGUUGAAUCUAUUAACUUCUACGAGGAACUUCAAUCGCCUUAUGAGCUGUUUCCGAAGACCAUGAGUUAUGUCGACCAUACAAGCAGGGCUAAUCGCCCACGCAUCCCGAGUAUUUUCCCUACUGGCAUAGAUUUGGAGCGAGUGCGCGAGGACAAGGAAAUGCUCAUCUAUAACAAAAUAACUGCUCGAAAAGCAGAACUCGCGAAGCUACCCGCGAAUCUCGGUGUGUGGGAUGCGAGUCGCGGGGACGCUGCCACUCCUGACGACUCCUUGAAGCUUAAAGCAUUGAUUGAGUACAAAAUGCUCCACCUCCUACCGAAACAGCGCAAAUUUCGUCAACAAAUUCAGCACGAAAUGUUUCACUACGACAACCUUGGAAUGACUGGAAAUCGUUCUAUCCAUCGUCGUAUGAAGAAACAGACAUUGCGCGAGGCUAAAAUCACUGAAAGACUUGAGAAGCAACAGCGUGACGCUCGUGAGAACCGUGACAAGCAGAAGCAAGGCGAGAAGAUCCAAGCAAUUCUGGCGCGCAGCCAAGAAGUUUUGCAAACUGGUGCGCAACAACGCGCUCGUAUGCAGAAACUUGGUCGUGUUAUGCUUCAACAACACCAGUACAUGGAGCGUGAAGAACAGAAACGUGUCGAACGUACCGCCAAGCAACGUCUGCAGGCUCUUAAGGCCAACGACGAGGAGACUUACCUCAAACUUCUAGGCCAAGCCAAAGAUUCUCGUAUUUCUCAUUUGCUCAAGCAGACCGAUGGUUUCUUGAACCAGCUUGCUUCAUCUGUCAAGGAGCAGCAACGCAGCCAAGCAGAGCGAUAUGGAGGCGACCAACAAUUCGAGGAAGAGGAAGAGUCCGAAGAGGAGUACGCUACCGAUGAAGAGGGUGGCGGUCGCAAGAUCGAUUACUAUGCUGUGGCUCAUCGUAUCAAAGAAGAGGUUACUGCACAGCCAUCUAUUUUGGUUGGUGGAACGCUCAAAGAGUAUCAGUUGAAGGGUCUGCAGUGGAUGAUUUCACUUUACAACAACAACCUUAACGGUAUCCUGGCCGACGAGAUGGGUCUCGGCAAAACUAUCCAAACGAUCAGUUUGAUCACAUAUCUGAUUGAGGUCAAGAAGAACAGCGGACCUUUCCUCGUCAUUGUUCCCUUGAGUACACUCACAAACUGGCAUCUUGAAUUUGACAAAUGGGCACCCUCGGUUACGAAGGUUGUGUACAAGGGACCUCCAGCCGUCCGCAAGCAGCAACAGCAGACCAUCCGCUACGGUCAAUUCCAAGUUCUCCUCACAACAUAUGAAUACAUCAUCAAGGAUCGCCCACUGCUGAGCAAAAUCAAGUGGCAGCACAUGAUUGUCGAUGAAGGUCAUCGUAUGAAGAACGCCCAAUCCAAGUUGAGCAGCACUCUCACUCAGUACUACAACACCCGCUAUCGUCUCAUCUUGACAGGAACUCCUCUUCAAAAUAACCUUCCCGAAUUGUGGGCCUUGCUGAACUUCGUCCUGCCAAGCAUCUUCAAAUCCGUGAAGUCUUUCGAUGAAUGGUUUAACACGCCCUUCGCCAAUACUGGUAACCAAGACCGGAUAGAUCUGACCGAAGAAGAACAACUGCUCGUCAUUCGUCGUCUUCACAAGGUUCUCCGUCCUUUCUUGCUGAGACGUCUGAAGAAAGAUGUCGAGAAGGAUCUGCCCGACAAACAAGAGCGUGUUAUUAAAUGUCGUUCUUCUGCUCUGCAGGCCAAACUCUACAAACAACUUCUCACACACAACAAGAUGGUCGUCAGCGAUGGAAAGGGAGGAAAGAUUGGCAUGCGUGGUCUAAGCAAUAUGCUGAUGCAAAUGCGAAAACUUUGCAACCAUCCCUUUGUCUUUGAACCAGUUGAGGAUCAGAUGAACCCAGGCCGAGGCACUAACGAUCUUAUCUGGCGUACGGCGGGAAAGUUUGAACUUCUCGAUCGUGUACUGCCUAAAUUCAAAGCUAGUGGACAUCGUGUGUUGCUGUUCUUCCAGAUGACUCAGAUCAUGAACAUCAUGGAGGACUUUUUGCGAUUCCGUGGAAUGAAGUAUCUGCGUCUUGACGGUUCUACGAAGUCCGACGAUCGCUCUGAAUUGCUGAAACUUUUCAACGCUCCUGGAUCUGACUACUUCUGCUUCUUGCUAUCAACCCGUGCUGGUGGUCUUGGUUUGAAUUUGCAGACCGCUGAUACUGUCAUUAUUUAUGAUUCCGAUUGGAAUCCCCAUCAAGAUUUGCAAGCUCAGGAUCGUGCCCAUCGUAUUGGUCAAAAGAAUGAGGUCCGAAUUCUUCGAUUGAUCACUUCUAACUCUGUUGAAGAGAAGAUCUUGGGACGCGCUCAGUUCAAGUUGGAUAUGGAUGGCAAAGUCAUUMAAGCCGGUAAAUUCGAUAACAAAUCGACCAACGAGGAGAGAGAGGCACUUCUUCGUACUCUACUUGAAAGUGCAGAGGCUGGUGAGCAGCUCAACGAUCAGGACGAGAUGGAUGAUGACGAUCUAAAUGAAAUCAUGGCUCGAUCUGACGAGGAGUUGAUCCUCUUCCAUAAGAUCGACCAAGAGCGUGCUAAGAACGAACAAUAUGGUCCGGGCCAUCGUUAUCCUCGACUUAUGGGCGAAGACGAAUUGCCAGACAUCUAUCUCGCAGAGGAUAUGCCGUCGGCCAAGGCUGAAGUUGAGGAAGUUACCGGUCGUGGAGCUCGUGAACGUAAGGUCACCCGUUACGACGAUGGGCUUACUGAAGAUCAAUGGCUUAUGGCAAUGGAUGCCGACGACGAUACCAUUGAAGACGCCAUUGCUCGUAAGGAAGCCAGGGUCGAGCGGAGACGUUCCAACAAGGACAAGCGUUCACGUAAACCAGGUGGCACGGAAUCAUCGCCUGAACCAUCUCGGGAGAGUUCUGAAACACCUCAAGUCAAGAGACGGCGCAAAGGGCCUCAGGCCAAACGCAAAGCAGACGAUCAACUUGAAGAAACGCCGCCUGUCAAGCGCAAGAGGGGCAAGCCCUCCAAGGUCGUUGAUACCCUGAGCAGUGGCGACCGGGCAGCGUUGCAGAAGAUCUUAGACAGUGUCUAUCAGACAUUAAUUGACCUUGAACAAGAAAUUCCACCCGAAGACGGAGAUGCUGAUGAGGAGCCUCUGACCAGAGCUAUUAUCGAGCCUUUCAUGAAGCCACCGCCAAAGAUUCAUUAUCCUGACUACUACAUGAUCAUUCAAAAUCCUAUCGCCAUGGAAAUGAUAAAGAAGAAGAUCAAUCGAGAAGAAUACCAAAGCCUGAAGGAGUUCCGAGCAGAUAUCCACCUUCUCUGUCAAAAUGCUAGGACGUACAACGAGGAUACCAGCAUCUUGUUUGCAGAUGCCAAUCAAAUCGAGAGCACCUGUGUCGCAGAGUUAAGGAAUCUCACGGCAGACUACCCCCAAUUUGCCGACUUUGACGACGGAGACGAAGGUGCAUCCUCCGUUGCAGAUGGCACUACAGACGCUUUUGGUGCUGAUACUCCAUCUGCACAACCGAAACUCAAACUCACAUUCAACAGUAACCGAGAUAGCGCGGGGCCAGCAAACGGGGACAUCGGCAGUGAUGACGACGAGUGA